CUAACCUACUGACUACAGUUUGUUGUUUUCAUUUUAUUAAGUUAUAUUUUGUUAUUUGUAGAAAAUAAAAAUGUUUGCACCAGAAACUGAAGACAUGCUCCCGCGUUGCGCGCCUAAGCCUAGUGUACCAUUGAAUAUAAAUACUGCCGCUAUAGUGCGCCCAACAGUGCCUGAAGUGUCUAUUUUGUUUGGCGCUCAACAGCCCAUAAGCACGAAUACAAUAGCUACCACCACUGCAGCAACAUCGGAACCGACACAACAAACUUACGCAGCUUGGAAGAAGCAAGUACUUCCAAAGGUAUCGUUUCCACCAGCUGGUUCUGAAGUAUAUAGCAUUAAUGGUCAUGUGGUAAGCUCAGCCAAUGCAGCAACGCAACCAACCCAAAUUGGCAGUAAUACACAGAUCACUUCAAAUUUAUACCCACUUCGCCCAGUAACCUUUAAUGGAGCACCGGUACCCACCACUGCUAUUAGCACCACAACGGUCUCUAAUAGUCUUAAUGAAAAUACACAAAUGUUGCAAUAUCGUCGUAGUUUAGAGCAGCCCAUAAUUUGUAGUGGAGAGUUAUCCAGACAAGAGAACUUUAAGCGUCGAUCGCUUGAUGCUUGUACAGCAACCGCACAAAUAAACGUGUCAAAACCUGAUGUGCUUACCAUAUGCGCAGGUACACAAACAGAUGCAACUUUACUUGCAGAUAACACAUGCAACGGUAUAUUGACACGCUUGGCGACAAAGGACGAUUUUCAACAGCUACUAUCAAUGUUUGGUGAAAUGCGCAUGGAACAACAGCGACUAAUGAAUAUUGUAGAAUCACUUUACGAUCACCAGAAGUUACAGUCACCAAAACCCCCCGUGAUACUGCAGAAUGCUGGCACACAAUACGAGGAUACCGAUAGCAAUAUUCCUAAAAACAACCAAAUCCGGCCACAAUACGAGAUGAAGGAUGUCGAACCUGCACCGCGUUAUCAUUCGAUAAAGGACCUGCCUGCAUAUACUUUGGAGUCACCCCGUCAACCCGCAGCGCAAUCCACUGCAUACCAACCAUACCGACCGAUGAAACCACUGGCCACCAAUAUUGCGCCAAAUAAGCCAUGUACAGAGCAAAGUAUGCUAAUGAAUGAAUUGGCCUUAAAGUAUUUGCCAAAUGAAAAAUUAAAUGAUUUACUACAAGAACUCAAUAUAUCACCUGCAGCACAGAUGCAAACAACACCUUUGCGACCAAUUGAAAAUAUGGAAAAACGACCAAGCGAUAUAUCAAAUGCUUCUUACAAAUAUUUACAAAAAUAUAGACUAUUACCAGAAGGGCAAAAUGAUGUUAAAGAACAGUUAACACCAAUACGAUCACCAUUGACGCAGGCUACAUGUCAGCACCAACAGCAACAAGAAAGAUCACCAUAUCAACAACCACAACAGCGACAAGCUUCCCCUUGUGUCUCAGCACCACAUUCGCCGAUGUUAGAUCUGGAAAACAUACGGCGACAACCAAAACUUAUUUGAAAAAAAAAAAUUAAAAUUCUUUGAUACAUACAAAAGUGAUUUACGAAUUUAAUUGUUCUUGGGGGAUUUCGUUUCUUAGAUUGUAACGUAUUUAUUAUUAUUAAUAUUUUAUUAUUAUUAUUAUUUCUAAUUAUAAUUAAUAGAAAAUUUAUAUAUAUCUAUAUUACUUUGUUAGCCAAUCACUCACAAUCUCCUCAGUCUGAUAGUUGUCCACAAUAAGCUGAAAAUUAAUAAAUAAAAAUUAUUAAAUUAUUUUAAAUA